GCCUUUCUGAACACUGUAUUUAUCACUGCGCGCACACGGUCCGUGAUGGUAAUGCAUGCUUUAUUUUCUUGCAGUACUUAAAUUUGUCUCUUUUGUUCACUGUCCCGAAACGCUCGCUGUCCGGAGCUGUCCCCACCUCGAGGGGCACACCCCCCUCAGGUACACCCGGGACGCGCGUUGACAUCAGCGCACAUCGAGGACGCGCAUCGGAGUUGCGCGCCAGUGGUUGGCUCCUUUGAUAAAUUAGUUAAUACUGCGCGAUCAGUAACCAAAUCACUGGGACACCCUCUGCUUUAUCGCUCUGUAGAUCUGGAACUAAAGUCCCUUCCAGUUUGGCAACUGACGACAACGACACCAGACCAGGCAACAAGGUGAGGCUGCUUUGAGACAUGGCGUUCUCAGUCUGGGGCCUGAGCUUAGCCAUCAUUCUUGCCGCGCUGGCUGUUUCACACGGCACUCAGCCUGCAUCUAGCACUGCCAAGGAGCGCACAGUGCCAUCUUCUGGCAACACCAAUGCCCUGCAGGACAUGAAGACUUGGGUGCAGGAGGAGUGGCUCCGCUCCCGGCACGGCUGGCCCCACCCCUUCCAGCUGCUGGGGCCAAUGGCAGAUGCCGCUGAUGAUGGGGCGGGGCUGGAGGGCCUGGAGCCCGUAAAACUGGAGAGGGGCCCCCCGGAGGCACCGGCUGAGACAGAGAGCGGGUUCCUUGGUGCUUGGGGCCACCUGGGCAACCUCUCCCCAGGCAGUGAGGACUCUGUGAAGGGGUGGCGUCACAGACACCGUGCAGGACACAGAAGGCUGGCAGCUCGCAAGAGCAAGAGCCACCAUGUAACAGAACGUUCCAGAGAAGUCCUGCUGCCCUUAGAGCUAAAGGAGGUGGGGGCUUUGCAGGAGCAGCUUCCUUGGACAGCCCCCACUGAUGCUUCGAAGUCCCCCACCACACCCACUCCGACACCCACCAUUGUCAGCUCCAGUAUAUCUCUGGUAACCACAGUGACGUGCGAGGAGCCCCUGGUGUUGCCCCCAGCCUCUACCAGACCUCAGAAACCGUCUCCAGUGCAUGGGCCCUGGAAGACCCAGGCUGAGGUGACACCCACCCUGGACAUGGAUCUCUUCGACUGGACGGACUAUGAGGACCUGAGGCCGGCUGACACCUGGAGAUCCUCCAAGAAGAAAGACAGGCAGCGCAGCAAGAGCCUUGGCGGCGGGAAUAAGACUGCAGACAUGGAGACAUGUGAUCACCACCUGGACUGCAGGCCGGGCUCCUGCUGCGACCUCCGGCGACAUGUGUGUACACAGCACAACCGCGGGCUUAACAACAAAUGCUACGACGACUGCAUGUGUGAUGAAGGGUUCCGCUGCUAUGCGAAGUUCCACCGGAAACGGCGCGUCACACGGAGGAAAGGUCGCUGUGUGGACCCAGAGUCUGUGAACCAGGAGAAGGGGGCUUUUAUCACCAUCUGAGAGUUAUGCAGGGGCGGGGGCACCUGCCAUAUCACAGUGCUGGCAGCGUCACGCAGGACUGUUAGUGAUAUAUAUGCAUGUCUCCCUGAGUUCAAAUCGAAAUGUCAUGUCUUCAACUGUUUUCAGAAUUGUGGCAUUGCUGUGCUCUUAGACAAAUAGUUUUUUGUGUAAUUUAUUUAAAUUUUAUUUUAAAACAAAUCCCAAUUUACUUAAUUUUCUUGUGUCAUUUCUGAGGGGGGGCUGUUUUCUGCUCUUUCAUGGCUUGUUAAAUGAUCCAUAACAUCUUCCAUACUGUUCACACCCCCCCCCAACCUCUGGCCAUUAAAAAAAAAAAUUGUUUUGCUUUUGUUGUUGUAAAAUAUAAGACUUAUUUUCAAAAAUGUUCUUUACAUUAAAGUCAUCAUACUGGGCUUUAUGACGACAUUUAUCAUGCUUUAUCACAGCUGCUCU